UGGCUUAUAAAUAUUUAAUAAAAACCCAAACUUAAAAUCAAAGAUCAACAUUAAGACUAUGAAGUCACCAAAACUGAAACCAGAGAGAAUCAAAAGCCAGCUAAGUAACAAAUCUGACAGUACUGAAAACGAUAGCUCCCAUUGACUUGGAUAAGUAAAAAAAAAAAAAACUUUAAAGCUAUAGGUUAAUAUCAAUAAUAUCUGGUGGAAAUAGAGGAAAGCUGAAAACCGCAAAACAAAAAAAAACAAGAUAAAACUAAAGAAGAUUUACAAAAACUUUAAAGAACAAAAAGCAAGAGAGAAAAAAUGACUGAAGAAGAAUAAAUCGAGAGAAACUUUUAAGUAUGUAAAGAAUUAGGAUUGUCUUAGUUGCUCAGAAAAAUAAAACUAAUAGGCUUUUAUUUUGAAUCUGUAAAAGCGUCAUUACCUGUGACGCCUGCUCUAUAUAUAAAAAACAAUGUUUUUAUAGUUGAUAUGAUUUUAAAUCCUCUCUAUCAUGAAACGUUUACAUUUCUGCUGUUUGACAACCAAAGCUCCACGCAAAUGAGGUCAGAUUUUUAUUGGACUGUUGUUCUCUUCAUGAACUUCUUGCAUCUUUUUUUUUCUGGACAUCUUUCCUUGACGGCUCAGGAAAAAAACAUUUAAAAAGUGAUCAGAAGUGUGGAAAAAAAAAAAAAAAAAUGAAGAGAUUUCUAGAAAAUAUCUCAGAAAUAACUUUGAUCUUUGAUCCCUGUAAUAAAGUAAAACAAUAAAGACAAAGUGUCGUUAAAGUGACUCAUUUUUUUGAGCAUUAUUGAGUAAAUGGAUUCUGUUUUUUUUUCUCUGAAAAUAUUUUCUCUCUGACCUGAAAAAAGGUUAUGCCUCCACAGCGUUGGAUCUUUCUCUGUUUCUCCAGCAUCUCCUUCUUCUUGGCUUCUUCCUCAUGUCACAGUGCACUCCGUCGUUCCUCCUGAUUUACCAGACAACCUCUUCCCCCUGCUGUCACAUUUGGUACAGAUGGUUAAGCUCUAUGGAGUAGCCUGUCAGUCUCCAUUUGGCCGCCUGCAUGUGACAGCAGGCCCGAUGGCUCGUGAAGGGCCUCCGACCCGGGCAGCCACGGGAGAGAAACGGAGAACCUGGAGCUGACCCAAGAGCCAGAGUGGUGGAAGGACAGGAGGUGGAGGCUGGGAGAUUAGGGUUGGAUUAAGAAGUGAGAUGAGAAAAAAGGGAAAGGAAGGGCGAAACAACAAACAGACAUAACAGAGAAAGAAGGCAAAAAAUAGAAAAAGGCAGGAAAAACAGACUCCAACCUUAAAACCAAUAUUAAUUUCCAGAUAUUUUACACACACUAUUGGCUAAACAGAACUCUGAUUAUGAAAAAAAAAGUAAAAGUAAAUGACGAAAUUAGAACAGUUAUGAUGCAUUUAACCCAUUUUAAAACAUAUUUCGUUUGAUUGCAUUUAAGUUUGAUGGUACGCUAAAAAAACGAUUUUAUUUAUUUAUUUAUUUUGUUUAAUGUGAUCUAAACAUCAUAAGUUCUUUGUUGUUUCUACGUUAUAUUUGUUCGUCUGUAGAAAAUAUUGCAACACUUGUUCAUUUAUCUGUCUUUCUGCAUAACUGAUCCUAUAAUGAUCUCAUCUUGAUAGCAAAAUAAACAGCAGAGAUACCCCCCACCCCCCACCCAUGUGGGAAUUAACCCAACCAUCAUCACAUCUGAGCUCCCUAAUAACAUGAAGCCAUCACUGCAUCACCUCUGCCAGUAAUGUGGAAGUUCCUGUAUUGUAUCCUGGCUGCAAGGUAGAAACCACGUUUGACAAUCCAAAUGGGGGGUGAGGGGGGGUACAUGCAGGAGAGGGAGAGCUGCUGUAUUGUAGCGCCUCAGGGCAGCGCUCCAAGUCAAUAUAUAUCUCCACAGUCGUGUCUGCGCUCCCAUUUGAGCGGGACGUGCUGCCCUGCUGCCACUGCUGCCGAGGAGUGACAGACAGCUACAACCGGACGCUCUCUAGAACUCUUUUUGUAAACGGAGGCAAACAGAAUUUUCAUCUGAGGUUUUGGCGCAAGUAAUCAAGACUUUGAAUGUCAAUUCAUGCAGGAAACAAAGGAAGAACCUGCUUCAGUUGAAAUGCACGUUAACAAAACAGAAGAAUCUAGACGUUUGGCGUAAAAAUUGACUGCCUCCACAAACGUUGUUUUAAAACCAGACCUUCAUCAUGUCCAAGGACGACAUCUGCAAAGUGACGUCUGCUAGCAAACACAAGGAGCGCAAGCCCAAGAAGCCCCAUUACAUUCCUCGACCAUGGGGGAAACCCUACAACUACAAAUGCUUCCAGUGUCCUUUUACCUGCAUGGAGAAGUCCCACCUGUACAAUCACAUGAAGUACAGCCUCUGUAAGAACUCCUUGUCCCUACUCAUUGAGUCAGACUGGCCGUACAAGAAAGGCAACAUCCUGCACCCUGAUCAGCUGCGACCCUUCCAGCAGGCACACGGCCUCCACGUUGGUAGGAAAGAUGAUGUGGAGCAGUCGGUGCACAGUGAGGAGAAGUCUGGGCAACGGAGGUCUGUAGAGGCAGAGGGGGAGAGCAGGGAGAUUCACAGAGAGGAGGAAGAAGAAGAGGGAGGGCAGGAAGAGCAAGUUGAAGUCUCUGGGGUCACCAAGAAAAUGUUUAGCAGAGGGGAUGCCGCAGACGGCAGCACCAGGUUCAAGGAGCCAGUUUCCGAGCUUUUGAUGAGUGACGUGCUAUCUUUAGAAGAUCAGCUGUUCCGCGCGCGCUCUGUAGAAGUAGAAGCCCACCUCAGACACCAGAAGUUGCCGAAGACGUGUCUCAGCACUCCCGGGCUGCUUUCAGAGCACUGGCGGCUACUAGCAUCCAGCCACAUGAAAACCAAAGCAGAAGGUGCUCCAGCUCGAGUGAGUGGUUCAAUACCCUGUUACCCUCCUCCACCCACCCUGGUUGACUACCAGGACCCUGCUGGACUCAACCUUUCAAUGUUCGGAGUGGGUUACCCCAUUAGCCCCAGCCUUUUCUCUUACGUGAAUUCAGCUCUGCCCGGUGCAGCGUCCAGCAUCAGCUCUCAGUCCCACGCACAGCUCACCCAGCUUCCCUUCCUCGCAUCAGCCACUCAGCUGAUGCACCCAGCCUCCACCGCACACACAGACAGAACCAUCAUCCCUUCUCGCCUCUACCCCUUCUUGUGCGAACACGCAUUCGGACCUGCUUCCGCUCCGAAUGAAGCCAGCAAACCCCCUAAGACUUCCACUAACUGUUUGGACGUGGGUCCUUUGUCCGGCUUUCAGCCAAAAGUCAAUCUGUGGAAGGUGCCCGCUUUGAUGCCAGGGAACACCGUGUCCCCAGCAAGUUGGGUGUCUUCUCAGAGAGACUCUCCUGAUCAAAACUGCAGGCUGGAAGAAAAAGUGCAGACGGCUGCCAAGGAAAGCAAAGCAAGCCAGGGUCUCAAGAGGACAGGAAGUGCGCUGAGAAUUCAGGAGACACCACCAGAGAAGAAGUCAACCAUGGGCUUUGCUGUCAACCUUCUGAAAAACAUUCAGACUGCAACGACUGACAAACUACUCUACCGAAGCAGUCUGCAGGAUGCUCAACUCCAGGUCCGGUCCAGUGAACUGUGGUGCAACAAUCCUCUUACAAGCCCCAAUAGUGAAAGUAUCUUUCUAUCACCUGCUGGGAAAACAAGCACCCAAGACUCGAAUACCGCCGACAGAAUAAAGGAAGGAGCUUCUGAGUCCGUGGCUGCUCUCCUCACCAAUCUCUCCAAGGCGCUGCAGGAGUAUCAGGAGGCCGAGCACAAGAUCUCCCACCUAGAAAAGGAGGACCUUAGUGCUCAGCGGCACCUUUGGGAACACCUCAGCAAAAUCCGCAGCGAGCUAUCUCACAUCCACCAGGCACUGGAGAGGUCAGCUGUCCAGAGUGAUGGACCUCUUGACCUGUCGGUUAAGAGGGACUCGACAGACUCGGCUGGUGAGCAGAUUGCACAGGAGAACGCCGGCCUUCAAGACAACACAACUGAUACGGAAGAGGAGGAGGAUGAGGAGCUGGACGAGAAAAAAGAGGAUGAGGAUGAGAACGACAGGAAGGCGUUGAGGGCUUCACUGGAAAGUCGGAAGCAGUCACUGGACAUGCUGAUCAAGAUCAGUCAGGCCUCAGUGGUAAACACAGACGUUCUCUCUCCGGGGGGCCUUGGCCUGAGGCCGGCUGAGGCCUUGUGGCCGAGCAGAACCACCAAGUGUGAGGCCGACUCCAGCGUCCUGCUGUGUCCCGACGGUCGAUCGGUCAUGUUCACUGACAUCCCCUCCUCUAUCAAACCUCAAAAGAGAUCGCCAUCAAUACACCGCCUGGAGUCUCAGUGUCCUCUGAGCCCGCUGGCUGUUCCUGACAGCUAAAUUCCCGACACUCCCACAGGACAGAAAACACACAGUUGGUCAAUGUACUGUCGUCUUUCUCACACAUUUGAUAUCCACUGGCUGGAAGAACUCUUUCAUGUGUCUCCACAAAAGAAAUGUGCACCUUAAAAGACAAACAGAGAAUGAAUAGAAAAGUAGGACAGAUUUUUUUUUUGUAACACACCGAGGCGUUGAUUGUUCAAAGACAAUCAAUACUGGGAUACGAAGACAAUCAAUACUAGGAUUGACUAAUCUUGUAAAUAUUGCAAAUGUGUAUAUUGUUCCCUUAAAGGGUAACAUGUUUCUAAAAAAAAUGAUGUGAUGUACAUUUUACUUAA